UCAUCAAGGCAUUUCUAGUGUCUGGUUUCCUGUGUUACCGCCCUUGGGCUGAGACAGUGAAGACGGGUGUGGGAUUUUUUUUUGCUCUCCGACCAGGAAUAGGUCAAUAAAGGGUAAAACGCUUGCAGGAAUUUCAUUAAGGCACUUAAACUGGACUGCAGUCUCUCUGACGGACAGUGUGAAUCAUGGCUCUUCCGUUUAAGAAAGAUCUAGAGAAGUAUAAGGAGAUUGAUGAGGAUGAGAUUCUGAACAAGCUGUCAGAGGAGGAGCUCAAGCAAUUGGAGAUUGCUCUAGAUGAGAUCGACCCUGAGAAUGCUUUGCUGCCAGCCGGCCUCAGGCAGAAGGACCAGACCACAAAAGCAGACACAGGUUCUUUUAACCGCGAAAAACUGCUGCAGUAUCUGGAGAAGGAGGCUAUGGACUAUAAAGACAGAGAAGAUUGCGUCCCCUUCUCCGGAGAGAAGAAAGGAAAGGAAUGGAUUCCCAAGCAGAAACCAAUUGAGAUCCAUCAGGAGCAAGCCACGACCCUUGACCCGGAAUUGGAAGAGGCACUUUCUAGUGCUACUGACACAGAACUGCAUGACCUGGCAGCUAUUCUUGGAGUGAACACACUAGUGAUGAGCUCGCAGAGUUAUGACGGCACCUGUACAGAUGGUUAUAACAAUGUUAUUAAAGGAGAAAAGGUGAAGCCAGUUUUCGAUGAGCCACCAAACCCUACAAAUGUGGAGGAAACUCUGCAGCGGAUAAAGUCCAAUGAUUCCUCACUGACUGAAGUCAAUCUCAACAACAUAAAGAACAUUCCAAUCCCAACUCUAAAGGACUUUGCAAAAGCCAUGGAGAGAAACACUCAUGUGAAGAAGUUCAGUCUGGCUGCCACCAGGAGCAAUGAUCCUGUUGCCGUGGCCUUCUCAGAAAUGCUACGAGAGAAUAAGACGCUAAAAAGUUUGAAUCUGGAGUCUAAUUUUAUCACUGGCGCAGGAGUUAAGGUUCUGGUAGAAGCUCUGCGGGACAAUGAUACGCUCACAGAGAUCAAGAUUGACAACCAGCGGCAGCAGCUCGGUACGUCAACAGAGAUGGAGAUCGCUAAGAUGCUGGAGCAGAAUACAAGCAUGGUAAAGUUUGGGUACCAGUUCACCCAGCAGGGUCCCAGAUCCCGUGCCGCUGCCGCUAUCACAAAAAACAAUGACCUGGUGCGGCAGAGGCGAGUAGAGAAGGAUGUGUAGAGCAUAUUCUCUCUCUCUCUCUCUCUCUCUCUCUCUCAAGCUCAUCGGACUCUUGUGCCAAACCCUCUGAGGGAGCUGCUUCACCUGAAGAAGGGACACAACUGGAUACUUUGCCUCCCUAAUGUUAAUACUCAAUGAUCUUUUUAUGUAUUAUUGUUUAUUGUUGUUUGUUUUUAUAGCUGCAAUUCAUUUGUUAAUUUUUUGCAUGUGUAAAACUUUUUCUGCUCUUUUCUUUGAACAAGUUCUUUGAAACAAAACUAAACAGGUUGCAGCGGUUUACAUACAUGCACUCAAGCGCUAUAGUAAUCUCUUCAUGGAUGGGCUGGAUCAGAACCUGUCGCCCACAUUCACUCUGAUCAAAUCUAGACUCAACUGGACUGGAUCUGCUGUGUUCCCCGCUUAAUGUGAGCGAAAUCUAGAUUUGUCGAGUCUGGGUUUGGAGCACAGGUUUGAACGGAGCUAAUGGCUAAUAAAUUGCGCAGAUCGUAACAGACACUCCUUAAUAAAAGUCAUCUAUACUCUCACUGUUAGCGUCACUGUGAGUCUGACGAGAUUGUGCGGCUGUAGUUCUAUCGGCAUGGGUUGUGUGUGGAUGUCUUUGGGCAGCUGGGUCGUCUCAAAAGCUCUCAGCUUCCACAUUGCAUCACAUGCUGAUUGAGACUAUUCGAAUUGUAAAAUUAACCUCUAUUCCCAAAACACAACAGCUGAUACUGUGUGUCUGAGGAAUUAGAGUGCUAAUUUAAGAUCAGUGCCCCAUUUUCAUCAAAUGUCAUUGGAAAUGGAAAAACUUGUACUAGAUCAGCACUAAUGACAACCUUCGGUGUGUAAAUGAAGGUCAAAGGUUGACCAGUUUCACUUAGGACUUUAAAACUGUUGAGGUUUAUUUCCACCGAGCAAUGCACUAAGGGAUAUUUUCUUUUUUUUUUUUUCAACACAGGAAGUGAGCAUUUAUGCAAUGUAGUUGUCAAUUAUAGAUUUAGAUGAGUUUCUUUCCUGUAGAUAAAUCUGAAAUGACAUUUCUAAUACCAUGCCAAAGACUAACACCUAAGUACUCUCAUUGUCAGGACUCUAGCUGAGAUCAGACAG